GCGGUGUCAGGCGGUGGAAGGUCGUCCGUUACAGAAGGAAGGAUUUUGAUGAUGUGACAAUUAGGAAGUCAUGUCGACGCUGUGUCCACCACCCUCUCCUGCAGUUGCAAAGACAGAGAUCUCACUGACUGGAGAGUCACCACUACUAGCUGCUACUUUUGCUUACUGGGACAAUAUUCUUGGCCCUAGAGUACGACACAUCUGGGCCCCAAAAACGGAACAGGUGCUUCUCAGUGAUGGGGAAAUAACUUUCCUUGCAAACCACACGCUUAAUGGGGAAAUACUUCGGAAUGCAGAGAGUGGUGCAAUAGAUGUGAAGUUUUUUGUCUUGGCAGAAAAAGGAGUAAUUAUUGUUUCAUUAAUCUUUGACGGGAACUGGAAUGGGGACAGAAGUACCUAUGGACUAUCGAUCAUACUGCCACAAACUGAACUUAGCUUCUACCUUCCUCUUCACAGAGUGUGUGUAGAUAGAUUAACACACAUUAUAAGGAAAGGAAGGAUAUGGAUGCAUAAGGAGAGGCAAGAAGGUUUCCAGAAGAUUGUCUUGGAAGGCACAGAGAGAAUGGAGGAUCAGGGCCAGAGCAUCAUUCCAAUGCUGACAGGAGAAGUUAUUCCUGUAAUGGAACUCCUUUCAUCUAUGAAAUCACAUAGUGUUCCAGAAGAAAUAGAUAUAAAUGACACUGUCUUAAGUGAUGAUGACAUUGGGGACAGUUGCCAUGAAGGCUUUCUUCUAAAUGCCAUCAGUUCACACCUACAGACUUGUGGUUGCUCUGUAGUUGUAGGUAGCAGUGCAGAGAAAGUUAAUAAGAUAGUGAGGACACUGUGUCUCUUCCUUACUCCAUCAGAACGGAAGUGCUCCAGACUCUGUAGAAAUGAGUCUUCCUUCAAAUAUGAGUCAGGGCUCUUUGUACAAGGAUUGCUUAAGGAUGCGACUGGAAGCUUUGUGUUGCCCUUUCGUCAAGUAAUGUAUGCUCCAUAUCCCACUACACAUAUAGAUGUGGAUGUCAACACAGUGAAGCAGAUGCCUCCCUGCCAUGAACAUAUAUAUAACCAACGGCGAUAUAUGAGGUCUGAGCUGACAGCAUUUUGGAGAGCUAAUUCAGAUGAAGAGAUGGCUCAGGAUACCAUUAUCCAUACUGAUGGAAGCUUCACGCCUGACUUGAAUAUCUUUCAAGAUGUCCUGCAUCGAGAUACAUUAGUAAAAGCCUUUCUAGAUCAGAUCUUUCAUUUGAAACCUGGCUUGUCUCUGAGGAGUGCUUUCCUUGCACAGUUCCUGUUAGUCCUUCACAGAAAAGCUUUAACUCUUAUAAAGUACAUAGAAGAUGACACGCAAAAAGGAAAAAAGGCUUUUAAGUCUCUUCGGAGCUUAAAGAUAGACCUUGACUUAACAGCAGAGGGCGAUCUUAACAUAAUAAUGGCUUUAGCUGAGAAGAUCAAACCAGGUCUACAUUCCUUUAUUUUUGGGAGACCCUUCUACACUAGUGUGCAGGAACGUGAUGUGCUAAUGACAUUUUAACAAUACAUUGGUGUGUGGUAUUUCAAUUCUGGAUGUUGCUGAAAGAGUUACCAACAUAAACACCACUUCCCUCUGGGCAAGCUCUGUCCUUCUCUUAUGCAGCGCUAUAUAAAUAAAAACACUACAGUCCGUCAGAAGUGAGCCAGCAGCAUUAUUAGGUGGAGAGUCACUUCAAUCAAAGCAGUCUUUUUCAGAAGAAUCCCUGUUUUGUGUGCGUGUACAUGUUCCCCAGUGGAAAUGAAGAUUUCUGCGGAUUUUGUUAGACGUCCAUUGUGUAAACUUGGCCACAAUUGUGGUUUUCAGAAUCACAAAACAUUCUGGCUUAAACUAAUUUGAAGGGAGGUUUUUUUUAUAUUCUCCGAAGAGAUUACACAACUCUUUCUUCCCUUCCUCCCUGCCCCAACAUCACUUUCCUUCAAUUUUAUGUCAGUUUUCCCCAUUCUGCUAAUUGUAUUUCCUAGUAUUAUGGUAGAAAACAAAUUCUGCCCUGCAGCAUGGGGCCCUUUCAUCUGUGAACUAGAAAAUGGAAAAGAGAUAUUUCUGUUUCUUCUUUUAUUCUGUCAUGUGUGAUGUUUGCAUGAAAUCUACCUUCCUUUUCCCCUCUGUUCCAACUCCUGUGAAAACUUUUGGUUAUUGAAGCUGAAGAAUUUUUUUUAAAACCUUGAAAAGGCCAAGAGAGAAGAGUAUUUUGCGGUAUCAUUCUUUGAAGCAAAGUACUAACGUUUUGCAGAUAGAAUAAAACUGAUGGAUAGAAUACUGCUUUUAAAACUGGGUCAUUAUUUUAUCUGCUUUAUAAGUGCCAAGCAGGAUGUUCUGUCACUGAUUAUGUUGGACCAUCAUGCAUUUCCCUGUUUAAUGACCCAACAUAAUUGAGCUCUUUCAAAACACGAAAAUUUGAUUUUUAUGCUUGAAUAGUAAUUGCCAAUCUUUCCUUUUAUAAUAUGCUGCUAUUUUUCUCUAUUAAUAAGAGCAAGGGCCAAAUUAAGAUGUUAGACCACCUGUGCCUUUUCUUUUUGGAAACAGAUGCAAACAGACAGCUAUUUUCUUUUCAUGUUGUUUUUAUCAAUAUAUUCAUUGUAACUUACCUGAUGAAUUGAGGUGGUUGUGAACUAAUAGGAAUAGUGAAGUUCUUGGAUAAAACCAAACCUGAUUUGCUCAGAUGCUAAUCUUUCCUCCAUCUCCAGUUCACCUCUAUUGCUUGUUCUGGUUUCUUGGAGAAGAUAAAGGGUAGGAAGAAUAUGGGACAUAUAUUUUACCUGCCUUUCACUUUUUAUUUCUUACUUGAAUAAUCUGAGCUUUUGAAUUUAUUUUCAAGUUUCCUAGAGAUGUUCAAGAUUUUGCCAUCAUACUGCAUGCUCUGCUGUAAUCAGUAAUCAAUCUGCAUUGCAUGCUGCUUUUUUGCCAAAGCUAGGAAUCUACUUCUAUAAGUGCAAUGUAUUAGUGUAAGUGCAAUGACUGGACGUUACUUGUCAAAAAACUAUCUUUGUUAUCCUGUAUUUCUAAGUAAAGUUGUUGCUUUCCUACUACACCCCUUUUUGGAGUUUAUGAUGAGAUGGUUUUCUCUUUAAACUAGCCCUUUUCUAUGAUGCUGUUCUGUUAGGUGAAAGUCAUGCUUCUGAUUUAUUGCCUCCCUUAAAAAGGGAUAUUGUCAAAUACCAAAUGUCCAAAAUUUAUCAUUUUCUUUUAGGAAAGUGUAUUCUGCAAUCCAGAUGUUUAGAAUUAAAUUUUUUAACAACUUGGAUGUGCAGGGGUGCACCAGAGAUGCAUGUGCAAUUAUUUUGAUGGCACAUGAAAGCCCGUUAUGUGCAAAUGGCCAUAAUUUGCUAUUCGUCUAUUCAGUUACCUGAUUACAUGUAUAAGGAGUUUAAGUAGGAACCUUGCAAAAUAUAUCAAGCUCUUGGAUACCCUUCCCCCAGUUUCUCACCAGGAAAGCCAUUGUUAAAAUUAUGCUGACAUAUUCAGUGAUGCAAAGAUUCAGAUUCUAUUUUACCUUUUUGUUGCUAAUUUUUCUUCUGCAUUUUAAUCAGCUUGCCAACUAGAAAAGGGCAUAAUUGACAAAAUAUCUGACUCAAUUUUCUGAAAUGUAAGUAAUUAAGGGGUUCAUGUCCAGCUGGUUUUAGAUGCAGGGUGGAAUGAAUCAUUCUAACUUUUGUUAAUGCUUUGACACUACUAACAGUGAAACUCUGUUUGAAAAUAUGUUAGUGUUCACUCUGAGAUAACUAAAUGCUGGAAAUUUGUUCAGCUGCUAGUUUUGUUGCACUAUUGUCAUGAGUACAGACUGUACAGUGAAAUUAUUUAUUAAUACAUUUGCAUGCUGUGUUGUAAAUCUUUUUGCUCAGGAGAAGAAAGGCUUUCUAAUAAAAUGCACAUGUUAUUUUAUUUGUUA